GUUGGAGAGGAGAGAGAAAAACAUAACAAAAGAAAAUUAAAAACACACUGAAACACACGCUAGUGCACGCCAGACAGGAACAGACAGGUCAUAAAAGCCAUUAAAGUUUAUAGGGUCUAACCAAGACACUGGUCUGUCUUGAUUGAUAAUAAAAUAAAUAAAUAACAAAGUGAAGAUUAAUGAUAAUAUAAUUAUUUUAUGUGAAAAAAUUAAUAAAUAUUAUUUGUGAUGGCUGAUCAACAAGAAUCUUUUGUCGUUGACGACAGUGAUGAACAAGCUGAGACAGAUAUUGAAUCAACUGAUGAUGAAAUAUAUGGUGAAAAUAGAUCAAUUGGUAGAAAAUCAAAUGCCCAUCCAAUCAUGGAAUCUGAUGUUGACUCACUAUGUUCUGAUGAGGAUGAUGAGGAUGAUGAUCAUUCAUUGCCACAAGACUUCAAUGCAUCAAUUUCUAAAGCUAUUCGUCGUAGUUUACACAAAAUUGGUAAAGAAAAUAUUCCUGAUAGUGACAUGGACCACGAGGAUAAUGGCCAAUCAUCUGAUUCUGACAACAAUUGGACAAGAUCUCGUAUAAAAAAUCGUGUAAUGAGUGGCAGUGGUGAUUCAAGUAUCUGCAGUCAAACUGAUGAAGAUGACAAGCCAAAAAAUGUUAAAAAAAAAUUUCGAAGAAUAAAAAUAAUUUCAGUAGACAGUGAUUCAGAUGAGGAUGAUGAUGAACAACUUCGUGAUGAAUCUCGUCGUGGUAAAUUUUCUAGAGUUAUGAAUGAUACAAGUGAAGAUGAUGUUGAAAUGAUUACAAAAACAAUAUCAAAUCUUUCAACAAUGUCAAUGCACAUUGAUGUUGAUGAAUCGACAAAUAAAACAGCCAAUAAUAUUGAUGAAUCGACAAAUACAACAGCCAAUAAUCUUGAUGAAUCAAAAGUAGUUGAUGUCACUACUUCAAUGCAUAUUGAUGUUGAUGAAUCAACAAAUAAAACAGCCAAUAAUCUUGAUGAAUCAAAAAUAGUUGAUAUUACUACUUCAUCUGCUGAUGAAGAUGAUGCUGAAAAAUCAAUUGUUCGUGAAGCAAAAAUAGUAAAUAAUUCAAAAGAAAAAUUACAUACUUCUGGAAGAAAUAAUAUUAUUGAUGAUGACAGUUCAUCAGAUGAAGAUGUUGUUAUUCAAGAGACAACAAAUAAAAAUGAUACACUACAAAUUGAUGAUUCAGAUUCAUCUAAUCAUUAUGUGCCAGAAUCAUCACAUGAAAUUGAUGAUUUACCAGUAUUUAAAUUUGGUAAAACUGAAAGACCCUCAAGUAUUGUUAAUAUUCAACCAAGCAUCGAGGAAUCAUAUCAAAAUGAUGACAUUGAUGAACAAAUUGAUGAAGUAUCUCGAGAAAUAUUAAAAUCAAAAAAGUUUCUUUCAAGUUGUCAUGUUGAUAACUUGCCAGAUGGUGGUCUUAAAAUGCGUGAAAAUAUAUCAAUACUUGAAGAAAAAUUAUCAAACUUAAAAGCAAAAUUAAAUAACAAUAAAAAAAUUAAAUCAACACGUAAAUCAAAUGAAAUUAAAACAGUACCAUUCAUGACAUCAUCACCAUAUAAUUUUGACAAUAAAAAAAAUACUUUACAAUCACAAAUAAAUGAUAUAAAAAUUAACUACAAUGACUCAAAUGAAUCAUCAUCUGAUCAUGAUGUUGGUAGUACAUCAUCAGACAGUGAUAAUGAUGAUGAUGAUGAUAAUAAAUUUUCAAUGAACAACAGAGACAAUAUGUUACAUAAAUUAUUAUAUCAAAGUCCAAAAGCUGGUUUUGAUUUUAAUAAACUAGGUGAUAUUGCAAAAGCAACAUUUGAACGUGAAGAACAAUUAACAGUUGAGACAUUAAAAAAUUUUCAUGGUUCAUUAGAAACAUGUCCAGAUGAAAAUGUUUUACACAAAGACCCACGUGGUUUAAAAAUAAAUUUAAUGCCACAUCAAAAACAUGCACUUGCAUGGUUAUUAUGGCGUGAAAAACAAAAACCACCAAGUGGUUUAUUAGCUGAUGACAUGGGUCUUGGUAAAACAUUGACAAUGAUAUCACUUGUUAUGGAAUCCAAUGAAAUUGAUGGUGAUGAUGAUAGUAGUAAAUCAUCAAGUGAAGAUGAAUGGAUAUCUAAAAAAUCAAAAUCAAAUAUAAAAUAUCAUGGUAAUACACUUGUUGUUUGUCCAGCAUCAUUGAUUAAUCAAUGGGCUCAAGAAAUAAAAGAACGUGUUAAACCAGGUAUAUUAUCAGUUGAUCAACAACAUGGUCCAAAUAGAGAAACAUCAAUAUCAAAAAUAGCUAAUAAAGAUAUUGUCUUAACAACAUAUGCAAUAUUAUCACGUGCACAUAAAAGUCAUACAGCAUUAUUUAGAAUUAAAUGGAAAAGAGUUAUACUUGAUGAAUCACAUGUUAUUAGAAAUCAUAAAAGUCAAUGCUCUGAAGCAGUAUGUGAUCUUAUGGCUGAUAAACGUUGGGCAAUGACUGGUACACCAAUUCAUAAUAAAGAAAUGGAUCUUUAUGCAUUAUUAAAAUUUUUAAAAAUAUCACCAUUUGAUGAUAUACGUACAUGGAAACGUUGGGUUGAUAAUAAAGAUUCAGCUGGACAUGAAAGAUUAGCAACUGUUAUUAAAACACUUAUGUUACGUCGAACAAAAGACGAUUUAACUAAAAAAGGUUUACUUGAAAAGUUACCAGAAAAAAUGAUUGAUAUUAUUUGGGUUGAUAUGGAUCCAGAAGAAAAAGUAAUAUAUCAAAAAGUUAUGUUAUAUUCAAAAACAUUAUUUGCUCAAUUUUUAUCACAAAGAGCUGAUAAACAAAGAUUAUUUGAAAUUGGUGGACAACAAUAUGCUGAUCCAACACGUUAUUUUGAUCCAGUUGAACGUAAUUUUAAUAGAGCACAACAAAGAUUAUUAGCAACACAUGCUGAAGUUAAAUCACAUGAAAUUUUAGUACUUUUAUUGAGAUUACGUCAAGUAUGUUGUCAUUUAUCAUUGAUUCAUGCAAUGUUAGAUCAAGAUGAUUUAGAUCAAAGUGGAAUUGGUGGUGGACAUGAUGUUGAUGCUGAUAUAUUAUUAAAAAUGAGUAAUAUGGGAAUAAAUAAAUCAUUAUUUAAUGAUGAUAAUGAUGCUGCUGGUGAUGAUGAUGAUGAUAUGGGUGUUGAUGAACGUGUUAAAAAUAAUUUAUUAACAUCUGAUAAUCCAGUAUUUGAAAGAGAACGUAAAAGUUCAAAAUUACGUGCUGUUAUUGAACUUGUUACUAACAUUAUUAAAAAAGAUGAAAAAGUCAUUGUUGUAUCACAAUGGACAACAUUACUUAAUAUUGUUGCUGAAAAUCUUGAUGAAAUUAAAAAUGCAACAUAUAAAAAAUUUACUGGUCAAGUUGCUGUUAAAGAUCGUCAAGAAAUCAUUAAUGCUUUUAAUAAUGAUAUUGAUCCACGUAUAUUGUUACUAUCAUUAACUGCUGGUGGUGUUGGAUUAAAUCUUGUUGGUGCUAAUCAUUUAAUACUUAUGGAUAUACAUUGGAAUCCACAGUUGGAAUCACAAGCACAAGAUCGUAUUUAUCGUUUUGGACAAAAUAAAAAUGUAACUAUUUAUAAAGUUCUUAUGACUGAUAGUAUUGAAGAACGUAUUAAAUUAUUGCAAGAAAAAAAACUUCAAAUUGCAUCAAGUGUACUUACUGGAAGUGGCAAAGUUACCAGUUCUAAAUUAACACUUGAUGAUCUUAAAUCACUUUUUGGUUUUAACAGAGUUUAAAUACUCAUGUUCUUUUUUUUUUUUCUUUAUUACUUUUUUUUUUUUUUUACUUAAACAAAAUAUUAAUUAAUUAACAAUUAGUUUUAUUUUUAUGCUAGAUUUAUUAUUUUUUAGACUGUGCCAUUAUUAUUUAUUUAAAAAAAAAAAACAAAAUAUUUCAAUGAACUAAACUUUAGACUAUAUUUGUCAGCAUGUAGAGUUAUUUUUUUUUUUUUACUUAUCAUUUGUUUUUGUGUUUUCAAUAAUCAAAUUUAUCAGUGGUCUUAAACGACAUACAAUUAUUUGUUAAAAGUAAAUAAUAUUGGUACCAAAGGAGCUUGAAUUUUCUAUUAAAAAUAAGUAUUUUUCAACAGAAUUCUGAAUUAAAUCUUGACUAAAAUAUUUACUUAAUUAAUAAACAAGUUUUUUUAUACAAUUCAGCAAUAAUGUUUGUGUAAUUUAUAAUUAUCUGUAUUUUUAUAAGAAAAAAAAAAAAAAACAACAAA